AUGCUGUCUGAGGAAUUUGCUAAGCGUGGCGCUGAGUUUGCGAAAUUGAUGGCUCUGGCCGAUGUCCUGGAAGAAGAGAAGAAGGACGCGUGCGUCGAACUGUUUGAUUUCAUUUGUUCAUUGCCCGACGAUUUGGAUGGCGAUCAGAACUACGUGAAGUGGGCGAUCAAUUUGCCGCAAAUGAUUAUGCCGCAGUCGGGUAAUCUUUUAAUGUUGAUUUUGGAUAUAAUUAUUUGGCUACUGCUGCGGUCAUCAAAUUCUUUUCGUACGGUUGCAUCUCAAAAGGUAGGUGAGUUUAUGACUUGGCUCAUUCGUUUACCUGAAUCUUUUGAUGUAGAUGCUGGACAAGCUUUAAGUGAGCUCUGGCGUCUGAAUCACGAGGAGCUCGUUGCUGUUCUCCGGAAUGAGGCACUGCUGGCUUCCCCUAGACUAACAAAGGCCUGCCUCGAAAGUCUCAUCCGUAAAAAGCUUGAUUUAGUUGAUCUUGCCAAACUCUUCCUUGUUUUUGCCAGAGAUGUCCGGUGGUGUGCUGAAAUGAUGGUGUCCCAUUUCUCUGAUUGCUUCAAUGAUGAUGAAAAGGAAGAGCUCAAGCGGCUCAUCAAGGAGGCGACCACUCCUACCGUGCUGGCGCAACCCUCUCCGGGUGUUGAUACUACGGCGCCGGCGUCUGACGAACUGACCGUCCCCAAUACUCCCCCAGUUGAAGGCACGUCGUCAGUGGGCGUGGUUGGUGCGAUUGGUCCUCGCAAGAGAAAGGCCACGCCUGAUGGUCAAGCGGAGCAACGUGGCAACCACCAGGUGAAGCGUUUAACCUCUGGCAUUAUCUACAUUGACAAGCCCUGUUGUGGCAUCAUUAUUUUGUCACGUGAUUUGUUGCAGCCAAAUCACCAUUUCGGUCUCACGACUGUAGUCUCGGAGUUCCGUUAUUUAGACUGCACGUUGUGCCCUCUGCUCAUCACCUGGAAGCAGAUGGAAAAGUUUUUACAUAGAUCUACCUAUCUUUGUUUAUAUCUUUUAUUACACACUUGCUUCCCCCAAGCGCUAGCUUACCAACCCCUAUCAACUGUAUUACACUUACAGCAUGACUCCCAAGUCCUCUGA